AUGAAAGUUUCAAAUUUAAUUUCAACAAUUACAAUUGCAUCAGCAUUAUGUUUAAGUUUAACAAACGCAUUAGUAUUUUCACCAUGUGAUAAAAUUCAAAGUUUAGUUAAAGAAUAUUUCGACGAAACCAUUGUUGAUGAAAUGAUGUGUAUUGCAUAUAACGAAGCAAUCAAUCCAAAAUCUGAUUCAAUUGGUCUUUGGAAUUUGAAAAAAGAGCAUUGCAAUACAGUUUGUAAAUCAAUUUGUAAUAGUGAGAUUGAUUUAGCCGAUAUCAAAUUAAAUACUCAAUGUGCUGAAAUGGUUUACCUUGAAUUUGGUUUCAAUGGAUGGGAUUCUUACAAUAAUGGUUUAUGUAAGGAUUCUUGGGGUUUUUGUAAUACUCAAAAUGAAUUAAGACAACAUGGUUCACAUUCAUCUACAUCUCGUGAUAGCUCAAGUUCAAGUUCACGUGAUUCAACUGGUACUGGUUAUUCAUCAUCUGGUUCUGGUACUUCAGGAUCUGGUUCAAACUCUGGUCAAACUGGUCACUUUAUUCCUGGACAAUCUGGCCAUGGAUUGAAUUAA